AAAGUAGUUAAAUAUAUAAAGGUGACUAAAUCCACACUUAUUCAACAUUGAAUUGAAAUUAAUUAUUCUUUCACGUAAUUAAUUGAAAGGAAAAUGUCAGAGAGAACUUUACAAGCCAUUAAAUUUGACAAAACAAAUGUCAGUUUAGAAAUCUUAGAUCAAUUACUUCUUCCAUAUCUGACAUCAUAUAUUUCAAUAAAGACUAUUGAAGAUGCAUUUCAAGCCAUUAAAUUAAUGCAAGUAAGAGGUGCACCAGCUAUUGCUAUAGUUGGAUCCUUUGCUAUUGUUGUUGAUACUUAUAAUUAUUUAAAAUAUAGUAGUGAAUCUACUAAUCGUACUGUUGAAUCAUUAAUUAAUAGUAUUGAUUAUUUAAUUACUUCAAGACCAACCGCAGUUAACCUUUCUAAUGCUUUAAAUGAUAUAAAAAAUUUAAUUAAUAAAUCUUAUAAAUCUACUGAUUUAAUUAAUCAAACUAUUUAUAAAAUUAUUUAUGAUUAUUCAGUAGCAUUAUAUGAAGAUGAUUUAGCCAAUAAUUUUAAAAUUGGAGAAAAUGGUUUAAAUUAUAUUAAAUCUAUAUUAAAGGAAGAAAACUUUAAAGGACCAUUUUCAAUAAUAACUAUUUGUAAUACUGGUUCAUUAGCAACUUCUGGUCAUGGAACUGCCUUAGGUAUAAUUAGAUCAACUUAUGAAAAAUUAAAUAAAUCAAAUACUAAUGAGGAAUUUUGGUUAGAUCAUGUUUAUCCUUUAGAAACUAGACCAUAUAAUCAAGGAGCUAAAUUAACUACUUAUGAAUUAGAUUAUGAAAGAAUUCCAUUUACAUUAAUUUGUGAUAAUAUGGUUUCAGCAUUAAUUAAUACUUUAAAUGAUUCAAAACCAAUUAAACAUCUGUCAGCACCAGUUAAAUUUAUAAUUGUUGGAGCUGAUAGAGUGGUUAAAAAUGGUGAUAGUGCCAAUAAAAUUGGUACUUUCCAAUUAUCAGUUAUUGCUAAUUAUUUUAAUUCAAUUCCAGGAUCAAAUAAAAUUAAAUUUAUUGUAGCAGCUCCAAAUACUACAAUUGAUCUUAAUACUAAUUCUGGUAAAGAUAUAAUUAUAGAAGAAAGACCAGCUAAUGAAUUAACAACUCUUAAAGGUCCAGUAUUAACUGCAAAUGGUAUUGGUGAAAAGCUUACGGUUGGAAUUGCCACUCCAGGAAUUUCUGUUUGGAAUCCUGCCUUUGAUGUUGCUCCUUAUAAUUUAAUAGAUGCUAUAGUUACUGAAGAAUCUUCAAUUACAAAGGAUGCUUCUGGUAAAUUUAAUUUAUCAAAAUAAUUAAUUAAGAUUAGAUA